AUGCAGAACCACAACAACAACGAUGAGCGGUCUUGGCCGCCGGUGAGGGACAUUGAGCAAGAGCAGGACGAAGAUGACGUCUCGGACAUCUCGAUGCAUUUGAGUUUUCUCAUAGAAGAAGCCACCAGAACGACAAGACGGCAGGUCCACUCUCACUUGGACGAGCAGCAAGAGGAAGAAGAGACUGAGCGUGAUGAGCAUGACGAAAAUCAGAAUCCACCCGAAAUGGAACAGGACCAAGAAUUUUUGGUUGGACCAUCGGAACACUCGACCUUUAUCCGGGCAACUCUCCCCGCGAGCCAUCGAUCACUCGAAGCCAGUAAUCGCUCUGAAAUUGGCCGUGAUCACGAGGACGAGGACGACGAUGACACCGUGGAAGACCACAGCGUGGAAGAGGACAAGGAAGAUGAUUGUGGCAGCAUCAAGAAAGAUGAGAACAAGACCGAUGAAGAAGCUUGCGGAGACGAGGAAAGCCAAGAGCUCGAAUCCGUCAUCAGUGACUCCAUGGGGGACGACGAUCCAUCCUCCAUCGACAUUGCCGAAGUGAACGAACAAAAAGUCAAACGAUCUCUUUUGUAUGCUAUCUGUAUGGCGUGCGGAGUGAUCAUUUGCAUGAAGGGAUUGUCUAAACUCAUCGGCUGGUUUCGACGAAGGAGUUCUAAUACAGAUGAGGAUGUGCCCGGGGCAGACGAACUGGCACAGGAAGCUGCAGAGGCAGCCAUAGAUGAAGUCGCUGGGAAUGCCAGAACUGCCAUGCUGCUACAAGCACAGCAACAAUCGGCGGCAAACUUGGCUAAUCCAGCCUAUUUGGCACUCCAAUCCACCACACAGAACAUGGCCAUGGCAGCAACCCAGGCUGCCGCCGGCUCUACUGCCGCCGGGACUGCCACAACCAGUGCAGUCACAGCAGCUGCCGUCUCUUCAGGGAUUAUGAGCCAGGCACUGACAGGUGUGGCGUCAGCAUCUCUGGCCACACAAGCGGCCGUCGCUGUGGGUGGCACUGCCGUAGUGACGACAACCGUUGUCUCUGCCGGAGUGGUGUUGAUGGCGGCCACAACAGAAGGAACAGCACUUAUGAAUGCUACCAUGGCUAACAUUACAUCACAAGUGGGAGCACCAAAUUUCACCAACACCUCCAAUUCUACAGUGCUCGACCUCAGCACUACAUUCAACGAUAUCCUGCAGAAUACUACCAAUACUACUUUUGAGAACGCCACAUGGCCUGAGUUUGAUUUCGAUGCGACCACAAUAAUGGACGACGAACUCAGUAGUAGUGUGGUUGCUGAUGAGGAUGAUGUUGUCAUUACGUAUUGGAAUGACCCUUCCUCUUCCUUUGACUUUGAAAUCCCACUCUGCACGGACUUUGAGCAAGUGACGGAACUCAAAGAGGGCAUCACCAAUCUUGUAUUGCAAGGACUACCACACGGGUUUGCACAAGCCCAAAAAGUGCAACUCGAAGAAAUCUUCAAGCUCAGCUACAAUGCACUCUCGGGAAUGUGCAAUGGAGACUAUCUGCGAGUGGCGCAUAGUGUCGAGUUGACAGAUAUUAAUACUGUCCAAGCGGGGCCGACAGUUGUCUACACCUAUACGCAGUGGAAAGUGAUUGUGACUUGUGUAGGAUGUCCAGAUGAGAAUGCCUUGUUUGGUGGUGUUUUUGAGGAACCAAUCGCCACAGAAAGGUCAGCUUCCAAAGCAGACACGGACAUGGGAAAAGGUCGUCUCUUGGACGAACUCACGGGAACUUCCAUCCUCAUGGAGAAUCACCUCUAUUCCAACUUUGUCGAGGCAUUAAUCUAUGAAAUCAAAGAGCAUUUCCCAAGUGUUGCGACGGAUGAUAAGGACGACCAAGGUGGAGGUGUUCGCUUAUUCUAUGGCUCAGUUGUGGAUCCCAACAACCCAAGUAAGGUCAUUGCAGAGACCAGUAUGAAUGAUGCCACCACAGACAAAACGACGCAAACCACCGGUGCUCCAACUGCGGCUCCGGUUGGGAUGACCUUUACUGCUUUUACUUCCGUGCCAACCAAGUCGCCUACAGAACCAGUGCCCUCCUACCGGCCAUCCAAUCCCCCCACAGUACUGAUGUCGACUGCCCCGUCAUUAUCACCAAGUUCCAGCAGCAGCUCUCCAAAUCGGUCCCCAUCCAUUUCAGCGGGGCUCGGUGGUACUCCGUCAAAAAGCCCCUCUGCCAUGCCAAUCACAGGAUCACCUAUUGCAGCAACACCCACAGAAGCUUCUGACUCUAAAGCUGGUACUGGGGCACCCAACGAAGCAGCCCCAUCGACACAAGAGCCAACCCCAUCUGCCCCAACAACUGCUGAACCUAUAACGCAAGCACCGUCAGUCCCAUCAAAACAGGAGGAGCCAACCCCAUUGGCCCCCACAACUGCUGGACCUUCAUCCCAAGCGCCAACCGAAAAUGGACAACCAGGAGGUUCGACUUCAAGACAAACUGGUUCGCCUGGGAAUCCAAAUGGCCAAGCUCCAAUAUCUGCCAUCCCUACAACUGUCGGCCCAACGGCCACUGGCUUCACUCCUGAUGCCCCAACUACUGAUAUCCCCACUCUGGAUGUUCCGACUAUUGCUGUCCCCACCCCUGAUUCCCCAACUACCGGAGGCGCAACCAGUGCAAGUCCCAGCACGAGUAGCCCCACAACUACCCGCCCCGGCACUAAUUCUCCCACCACCAUUGGACCAACUACAGUACACCCCACUACUGGAUCACCUACGGGAACUCCAUCCACAGCAAGUCCCACAACCUUGGGCCCAACAGUGAUGGAGGGAAGUCCCAGUGCAUCUCCAACAACCCCGAAUCCAUCUGUAGCACCAACACCAUCUCCAACGUCACGCCCAACCGGCCAACCCACACCAGCUCCUACAGGACAGCCUACACCCUUUCCUACAACAGCCCCCACAUCCAAGCCAACCAACCAACCCACACAACCGCCAACAGGCCAACCUACAAGAGCUCCAACUAAUCCACCAACUUCAGCACCAACUACAGGAACACCAACAGUAUCACCAGGGCAGCCCAGUAGUAGCCCCACAACAUCUUCUCCAUCAACGCAACUUCCAACUGCUGCCCCAACUUGUGGCUAUGCAUCCGUCACCACCACGUACUACAUUGGGUUUACCAAUGACAUCUCUUCUGUCCAAGAUGAUAUCUUGACUUCGAAUUUUGUCAGGGCUAAUGAUUUCAUAUCGGAAACAACGUGUGCUGCAAUUGUGACCAAUGUGAACAUAACACAGAAGAUUGGCUUACAAGUUGGAAAUGCAAUCUUCCAUCUGGAACUUUCUGUCACGGUGGAUGAGACAAGUGCCAAUCCCUUCUUGGGGAGUGCCACACAAAGAGCUGACUUUGUUACUGCCUUUUCUAGCCUAACAGGAACAUCAGCAGUUCAUAUCAGUGAGACCCUGAUUACUGGAAGCCCAACUACAAGCAGCCCAACGACUGCCGGUCCCACAGUCACUCCUGGUAGUCCCUCAGCUUCUCCCACCACAGCUGGCCCAACAACUGCAGGUCCCACAGUCACUCCUAGAAGGCCCACGGCUUCUCCCACAACAGCUGGCCCAACAACUGUAGGCCCUACAGUCACUCCAGGCAGUCCCUCAACUACUCCUACAACAUCAACUCCAUCGACAGCCACCCCAACUACCACUACGCCCUCAACUGCCACGCCCACAUCAGCUGGCCCAACAACUGCUGGUCCCACAGUAACUCCUGGCAGUCCCGCAUCUACCCCUACAACUGCAAGUCCAUCAACAGCCACCCCAAAUACUCCUUCUCCUACAACAGCUGGCCCAACAACAGCUGGCCCAACAACUGUAGGCCCUACAGUCACUCCAGGUAGUCCCUCAACUACUCCCACAACAUCAAUCCAUCGACAGCCACCCCAAACACUCCUUCUCCCACAACCGCUAGACACAACAGCUGGCCCCGCACAACUGCAGGUCCUACAGUCACUCCUGGUAGUCCCUCAGCUACUCCCACAACAGCAACUCCAUCGACAGCCACCCCUCACUCCUUCUCCCCAACGCCCAACAACAGCUGGCCCAACAACUGCAGGUCCUACAGUCACUCCUGGUAGUCCACGUCUAGCCCUACAACUGCAACUCCUCGACAGCCACCCCAAACACUCCUAUCUCCCACAACCGCUCCCACAACAGCUGGCCCAACAACUGCUGGCCCACAGUAACUCCUGGCAGUCCCGCAUCUACCCCUACAACUGCAAGUCCAUCAACAGCCACCCCAAAUACUCCUUCUCCACAACCUAA